GUUCAAAAGUCGAAUUUCUGAUGCAACACUCUGGAAGAAGUCUUGAAUACGUUGGAUGGAUGAGUGUCGAUUGAAGAUAUUUGUAAAAUUAGCUAUUUAAAGUCAUUAGAAAAUAUUGAAAUUUCUGUAAAAUCUUCAACGGUUUAAUUUCACAUACAAAAUGACAGAAGAAGAUUCGAUUUUUGACCCCAGCUUAAAGAAAAAGAAAAAGAAAAAGAGGGGUGUAUUUGACAUUGAUGGUGAAUUCAAUGAAGCAGGUAGCACUGGUGAUGCUAAUGAAAUGACAGGUGAUAAGGAAAAUCAAGAACCAGAACCUCUUAUGGCUGAGGAUGAUGAAACUUUGGAUCUGGAAAAUUUUGGAAAAAAAAAGAAAAAAAAGAAAAAGGCAUUUAAUUUAAAUGACUUAGAUGCUGCUUUACCAGAUGCAAAAAAAGAAGAUGUUAUGGAGCCACCAGUGGAAGAAACUGCUGUAGAUGAUAAUUUAGAUUUAGAUAUGGAUUUUUCAAAAACAAAAAAGAAGAAGAAGAAGAAGAAGGAUCUAGACGAAUUAGUGGCAGAAGAAGAGCGUAAAGAAAUCGAAGACAAAGAAAAUGUGGAGGAAACAAGUUUGUGGGUAGGAUCAGAUAGAGAUUAUACGUAUGAUGAAUUACUUGUAAGAGUAUUCAACAUCAUGCGAGAAAAGAAUCCUGAUAUGGUUGCUGGUAAGAAGCAGAAAUUUGUUAUGCGUCCUCCACAGGUUGUACGUAUAGGUACAAAGAAAACAUCUUUUGCUAAUUUUACAGAGAUAUGUAAAACAUUACAUAGACAACCAAAACAUUUACUUGAUUUCUUAUUGGCUGAAUUGGGUACAAGUGGCUCUGUAGAUGGAAACAGUCAACUUAUUAUUAAAGGACGUUUCCAACAAAAACAAAUUGAGAAUGUGCUUAGGAGAUAUAUCAAGGAAUAUGUUACCUGUCACACAUGUCGUUCACCAGACACUAUUCUUCAAAAAGAUACUCGACUAUUUUUCUUACAAUGUGAAACUUGUGGGUCUAGGUGCUCUGUAGCCAGUAUAAAAUCUGGAUUUCAAGCUGUCACAGGAAAACGUGCUGCUAUUCGAGCAAAAACUGCCUAAACAAUUUCUCAUUUUUUCCAUGGAUAUCAUGAAUUCUUUUUUAAAAUCUAUCUCAGCUUGCUUAUAUCGAAAAAUCAUACUUCUUUAAUUUAUUACAUCAGUACAUAAAACAAAACUGAAAGUAUUACAUACAUCAACAAAAUAUCUGUCUAUUUUGAGUUUGUAUUACCAUAUUAAAAGUUGAAUGUACAUACAUGGUAAUACCUAGAAAACUUUCUUCUCUAUUCUGAUACAUUAUUUUUCCUGUUGAAGUCAGCAGAUAAGUAAUGUGCAUUGCAUCCUACAAAGUUCACAUUAGGUCAUUAAAAAAAUCAUCUUUUACUGGAACAUGUAGUUUAGCUAGCGCAUUACUUAUCCAUGUCACUAAUAUUUUAAUGCAAUAUCUUUUAAAGAACAAAUUGUUCAAGUAUAAAAUAGUAUAUAGUACCAAUUGUUAAAAAUGCUUAAACAAUUAAUAAUUUCUUAUAUUAUUUUAUUAACACAAAAUUUAUAAUAUUAGAUUGAAUGCCACCAGUGUUUCAUAUAUACAAAUACAGAAAAGAAUGAAGAAUUUAUUAUUGUUCCAUUGUUUUUAAACAAUAAUGAUCAUAUAAGUAAUGCAUAAUAUGUCAAGCUUCUUUCAGAUUUUACUGAUGAAGUCAUUUCCUAGGUAAUAAUUUAUUCAAAUAAUGUAUUUACUAGGUAAUAAAUUUAUUUGGAAGGA